AUGCUGAUGAUCUUGGGACUGCUCACCUCUUUCCUCUCAGUCUUGUAUCUGACAGCUCCAUCCAUCAGGAAGUUCUUUGCUGGUGGAGUUUGUAGAACAAGUGUGCAGAUUCCUGGGAAGGUAGUGGUCAUCACAGGUGCCAACACGGGCAUUGGCAAAGAGACAGCCAGAGAACUUGCUCGAAGAGGAGCACGAGUAUACAUUGCAUGUCGAGAUGUACUAAAGGGAGAGUCUGCUGCAAGUGAAAUCCGAGCAGAUACCAAGAACUCCCAGGUGCUGGUGCGGAAAUUAGACCUAUCUGACACCAAAUCCAUCCGUGCCUUUGCUGAGGGCUUCCUGGAAGAGGAAAAGAAGCUCCAUAUUCUAAUCAACAAUGCAGGAGUGAUGAUGUGUCCAUAUUCCAAGACAGCAGAUGGCUUUGAAGCCCACCUGGGGGUCAACCACCUGGGCCACUUUCUUCUUACAUAUCUGCUUUUGGGACGGUUAAAGGAGUCUGCUCCUGCACGGGUGGUAAACCUGUCAUCAGUGGUCCAUCUUGGGGGCAAGAUUCGUUUCCAUGACCUCCAGGGUGAGAAGCGUUACUGCAGAGGUUUUGCCUAUUGCCACAGCAAGCUGGCCAAUGUGCUUUUCACUCGAGAGCUAGCCAAGAGGAUCCAAGGGACGGGGGUCACCACCUAUGCUGUGCACCCAGGGGUCGUCAUGUCCGAGAUAGUCAGGCACUCUUUCCUUCUCUGCUUGUUGUGGCGGCUCUUCUCCCCAUUCUUCAAGUCCACUCGUCAGGGGGCUCAGACCAGCCUGUACUGCGCCCUGGAAGAGGGUCUGGAGCCUCUGAGCGGCAAGUACUUCAGUGACUGCAAGAGGACCUGGGUGUCUCCAAGGGCCCGAAAUAAGAAAACAGCUGAGCGCUUGUGGAAUGUCAGCUGUGAGCUUCUAGGAAUCCAGUGGGAGUAG